AUGGCUACGUGCGCUUAUGACGGGAACUCACCUAGCCCGAAAACACCCGUGGGGUUUGACGACUCACCAAGCCAAUGGUACACUGCAAACCGUCGCAAACGAGCUGCGUUGUCUGCGAUGGAUGAGGAACCGACGCAACCGUAUAGUCAGGUGACGCAGGCCGAAACAAAAAUGACAUCGGCUUCUGAAAGGACUGGAGCACCUAGAUUUGUAUUUUAUGAACCGCCUGAGGAGAAGGAAGAUGGGGUUAAGGAAAAGAACAGGUGGGAUGAAGAAGCGACACGGAUUUGGAUGACAAACUCGGUAGAGCUGAAAGGAGCUUCCAGAUUAACAAGUUUAAGCGAAGAAAUUGUGUCUUUACAAAAAACUUUCGCGGUGGAUGAGGACACUGACAUCGGAGCUAGUGACGACGAUGCUGAAUCGGACAUGUCGGACGAUAUGUUAGAACAAGUUGGGUCUAUUGCCGCGCCUUCAUUGAUCGCUGGUUCUCUACAAAAAAGAACGCGAACAAUGGAAAGGUUGAAAAGAAUUUGCAUUUUGUCCACACCUCUUCGUGAGUCAACAGCUCUUUCGAGUCAUGACACAAUUGGAAGCAGUGGUGGUGAGACUGAAAUCGAGGCUGAGCCAAAGGAAGAGUCACCUGCCAAGUUUCAUGUGCACUUAAGCGAGAAACAAACAAUCUCGACGGAUGGAAUGCAGUCAAAUGUAGUCAGAGGCGUGAGCUUUCCGAAGGUGGCGUCAAAGGGGAAUUUACCAAAUGUGGAAAGGAAGAGUGUCGGACAAUCUAUGUCGACGACGAAAAAGACACACGAGUUGACGUCGCCAUCUCGUAGGUCGAAUAGGGAGAAACGUCAAGCUUGCAAAGGAAAGCAUCUCGGCACCGAUCGAUUUCGUCGCGAUAGGGAUGACGUUCUUUCCCACAGCUCGUACCUUCCAGAUUCAUUGAUAGAUCCGGAAGGUAAGGAAUGCAGCGACGAAGAUGUCCCAUACGCACACGCAGAAACACAUGGUGAUUUUUCGGAAGCUUUCGAUGAUCAAUCACAAGACAUUUUGGACGACGAGGCCGACCAGCUCGAUAUGUUUGGGAAUACAUCGUCUCAUACGGCAUCACGCUCGCCGCGUAAGUCGCCAACUACGUGUCAUGGCACGAAGCGCACGCACUGUCUAGGUAAACAAGCUCAAGGAGGGUCGAUUAGCAUCAUUUUUACGGGGCUCGAGCCAACUGCCGUUAUUCGCAAGAAGAUCAAUUUGAUCGCCGGCGUGUUUACGAAAGCAAUAUCGAAAAGGCUACGCAUUUGGUUGCUCCUCAAAACAAGCUUAAGCGUACGGUAA